UAUUAGAGAGAGAGAGAGAGUGAGAGUAGCUAGCAAGCUUUUCUUUAUUUUUGUUUUCAAUUAAAUGGAAGAUGAUCAUAAUACAAAAGUAGCUCAAGAGCUUCAAAUACAAACCUAUAGUAGCGAUGGUAAUGGGAAUGUUAGCGGCGGUGGAGGAGGCGGCGGUGGUGGUAGACCUUCGAAGAAGGCAAAGCAGAAAAAGGUGCCACAGAGAGGACUUGGUGUGGCACAGCUUGAGAAGAUAAGAAUGGAAGAACUGCAGAAGAAGAAUGCUGUUCCCAUUCAAUCACCACAACAAGAUUCAGUUGCAUCAACACCGAUCCAAAACUUUCAUCACUCCAAUCAACCUCCUCCUAGAUCACAAGCUGAAUUUAGGCCUAUGUCACUCAAACAGAUGUUGACACACAAUUCAGGAUUUGAGGUUGAUCCUGCAGCUAUGCAGUUUCUACCAAGCUUUCCUUUUGAAUCCAAUCCUGUUUGGUCUUUGCCUUAUUUGGGACAGAAAGCACCACAAUUUCAUCAUCAAUUGACUUCCAUGGUUAAUGUGUCGACACCACCAAUGCCUCAUUACUCAAGAGAGCCCCCUUCAAACCAAAAUUUUAAUGAUAACGGCCUGUUCUCAAGGCAGGCCGAGAAGAUUAUUGGCAUGAAGAGGCCUUACCCCUUCUGCCUGGAUGCUCCUCCUGUGCCUGCUUACAAUUAUACUUUGUGUAAUAGUGGAUUCAACAAUGAUGCUGGCAAUUCAACUCUCAGGGAACUGCCAUCAUGUUCUGCUUCCAACUCAGAGCUAAACUCAAGGAAAAGAAACAAAGAAAAUGAGAAUUUCAUUGGACAUUUUCUAACAUUGGCUCCUCCUACUUCUACUUCGUCCCCGCCUUCAAAGACGAAGCCUUUUUCGGCUUUCCUAGCGAUUCCCAAUCAGGACAAUCCUGAAUCUGAAUCAACAUCUUUUCAGGAUACUAUAGAAGAUCAAGUUCCUCAACUGCAAGCAUUCAACCGCUUCAAUCAACAGAAGAAACCUUUUUAUUAUUUCUUCCCUCCGGCGGCCGAUGAGCUGCAAAUCGGAGUUUCAACAGCUAGAACUCAGAAUGUUAAUGGAGCUAAAGAAAACGUUGAUCUUAAUUUGAAACUUGGAAAAUAGAAGAUCAAGUUCCAUCCCCCUAAUUCAUAUGUAUUAUCAUCAAACUUUUAGGCCAGUUGACAGUUGUUCCUCACUAUGAAACUUUUCAUAGUCAUAUCUUAGGUUAAAUUUUUUGCAGAGUGGGUAGAUGUUUCUAUGUUUGCACAUGUAAAAGUUUGAGACUGAAAAGGACUUGAAAUCUUGGCCAUGUGUAGAUAGAGAUGUUGCAUUACUUUGUUUCUUUAGAGACUUGAUUUGAUCUGGCCAAAUUUUCUGUUUUUCCAUUGUU